UUUUCUGAAUGAUCACUUCUCCGAUGAUGAAACAGCUCUAUCCUGGUGGGAGUGGUCUCUUCCAGGAUGACCCCACCCCCAUCUACAGGAACUGAGGGCUCACUCAAUGGUUUGAUGAGUAUAAAAAUGUUGCAUGUCCACAUGUUAGACAGUUAGGCUCCUCACUACUAUCGUGAAACACCAAUUAAAUGAAUAUCUUUGGGGAAAAUGGUGUUCCAUCCCCUCCAAGGUUCACCGAAUCCGUUUUGAUGGCCCGGCCCUUUAUGUAGAGUCUUUCUAUAAUUCAGCUCCUGUCAUAAUGUGCUAGAACAGUAGAUCUCGUUUUUGUGACUUAAUAUACUUUCCUAUAAAGAAUAUUUUCAUUCGUCCAGAGCACUUUAAAAAUAAAUAGUUUUUUUUUUUCCCUCCUCAGUGUGGGUCAUGGUCCUACCUCAUGGCAUGACUCUCUGGGCCUGCUCUAGUUCCUGUCCCCCCAGCUGCAUGUGCACUCAGGAGAAGAGCUGCACUGUGCUCUGUGACCGUGUCAACAUGGCUGAGCUGCCCAGAGAGUUCCCCUGCGAUGCCUCCACCAUCAACCUGGAGAAGAACAGCCUCAAAUUUCUGUCAGAACGAGCUUUUGGAACACUUCCCGUGCUUAAGUCCCUCUUCCUGGAUCACAAUAACAUCUCCUUCAUCACACCAGGAGCUUUCAGAGGGCUUCCCAACCUGCUGGAGCUCACGAUGGCCCACAACGAGUACAUCCGCUAUCUUCACACACGGACCUUCACCUCCCUCAAACGCCUUUUGCGCUUGGACCUUUCUGGCUGUAACCUCUUCAACUUGCCUGACCGCAUCUUCCUGGAACAGACCUCCCUCAGAGAGCUAUUCUGCUUCCAGAACAAUUUCAGACGCAUCCCAAGCGCUAUACGAGGAAUGGAGAACCUGACGCAUGUUUACUUGGAGCGCAAUAAGAUCGAAGCCGUAGCCUACAACACUCUGCUCGGACUAUGCAACCUCAAGUAUCUGAACCUACAGGAGAAUCGUAUCAGUGUCAUCCAUGAUGAAGCCUUUAAGGACCUAAGACAACUACAGAACCUUUACCUUAAUGACAAUCUGUUGGUUGACUUGCCAAGGAGAUCUUUCAAAGGCCUCUGCAAUCUAAAGAUGUUAAAUCUGGGUGGUAACCUUCUAACCAAUAUCUCCAACACCUGGUUUGGGGACCUGGUGGAACUGGAGGUACUCUACUUGGACCGGAACUGGCUGUCAUUUAUUGACAAGGGUGCCUUUGAGAAUCUGACCAGCCUCAUGACACUGCAUCUCAACAGCAACAAACUGACGUCUCUGCCUUUCUCCAUCUUCCAGCCCAUCUACUUCAUCGGGCAUCUUUAUUUGUUCCGCAAUCCCUGGGAGUGCAGCUGUGAGCUGGCAUGGCUGAAGAAGUGGAUGGAGAACUAUAAGCUGGUGAGGGAUAUCCCAUGUGCUUCCCCUCCUUCAGUAGCUGGUCUGGAUCUGAGCAAGGUGCUGUAUGCACAUGUGAACGGAACUUGCAUUGACCCAGCAGAGUUUAACCUAACCACAGCUGUUCCAGAUUACAGCACAAUGCAGCGCAAGUUCAACAGCCUGAUCUCCACACUGAUGAAUCAGGAAUUCAGGGAGGUGGAGAGGAACUUUACUGAAGGCCAGAGGAACGGGACAGUGCUGGAACCAGCAGAAGGUCAGGUCUCAGCUGCUCACAGGCCUUCUAGUGUUGGUUUAGUCCUGCUAUUACUGCUGCCCCACAUCCAAGCUUAGACAGGCUGCCUAUUAGACCUUCCUAAUGCUUAAUGAAGGCCUGGCUCAGCUCUGGAGGAAGACAUUUGCCAAGAAUGUGUUUGGAUGGAAAGUUUUGCAGAUGAGAGAUUAAUCCUUCCUUCAGAGGAGGAUUGUGUGAAAAGGAAGGAAAAUCCAUCAGCUACACGAGUAGAAUUUUUUUUUCUUGGAGAUCUGGUAGCAUUUUAAAACCGGCACACAGAGAUGAGGACUGAGGACUGGCUGCUGUACAUUUUCAUAAUGAAAAACAUCAUAGUAUAAAUGUGUUAAAUGACAUUGAGUGAACUCGGUAUACAGUAUCUGAUCCAUUUGAAAUGUUCUGGGGCCAUUUAAUGAUGCUGUUUUAGGAAACCUAUAGCUAAUGGUUGGUGUAACAGUAAAACCUGUGACCCAUAAAACAACUAUAUUUGCAUAAGCAUCGAUGUUCACCUCAUUAAUUAUAUUUAUGAGCUACAGUAUUAUUGAGGACAUUCAGUUCAACACUACAAAUUGAACAUGAGUCACUUUUUGCUGCGUUGUAUUAAUCGAUAUAAUAUGUGAGCAGGUAGUAUUUCUUUAAGCUCACUUCCUUAUCAGUCAGUUUAUCAGGCAGCAUUACACGCUGAAUCCUGUUUCUUUCAUCUGGGUGAAUGUAGAUUUUUCUAGUAUUCAUAUUUAUGCAUUUUAAUGCAAGGCUUAACGGCACUCCGCUCUCUAAGCUGCUCUGUAUUCAAACCAAGUGAAUAGCUUUAUCCCUGCUUUCUGAUGCUCAGAUCAUAGUAAAUGAUCAUUUCUUUUUUGCUUAUUUACUUGAUUAACAUCUUGAAACUGUUAAACACAUGCUUCAGCACAGUGUUUCUGGUCUAAACCUAGCAAUGUGAAUUUGAGUUAAUCUGCAGCUCAGUGGUGUGGGGUAUGGGAUGCAGAUUUGGAUUGAUACGCAGGUCACACUGCAGUGCUUUUAUACCAUGAACUUUGCUCUGAAUUAAUUAGAAAAACAUUUAAAGGGCAAGGCACUCACAAUCAGUUAACUGGAAGCAGAAGUGCAGGUAAAUAUAAAACAGCUGAACUGGCUCGGGCAGUGUCAUUAUUAAUUAUGGUUUGUAUUUGUUCCAGCUUAGAGUGCGAGAACGAGAGUAAUGUAGUAUGAGAGCUUGAACCCCUGAAUUAGGUUUCAGAUAGCUGUUUCAGAAACAGUCAAAGCCGAGGUGCGCAUCAGCACUGGGUUUGUCCGGUGGGUCAACAAAAAACCUCUCUGAAAUCUAGACAAUUGUGGGCAUCUGUGAGAUCAUGUAUGCAGAACAGGGCAGAUAGCAGAUUCAUCAGAGUGUGUUCCACUGCUCUGUGAUGCAGAAUGAACAGCAGUUUGAAAAGAUGCGGUUGGCUGGUUUCACGCGUCUUCCCUUGAACCUUGGUGGCUGUCGUAUGAAAGGGGAGAGCUGGAUAGUGGGUGGCAAUUGGCAGGAGACCAAAUUGGGGAAAACGGGGAAAACUGAGCGUGCGUGGGAAUUGGCAGAAUUCCUUCACAUGCAGACGGGCGUGACAUUAUAAACAGUCCCAUGCACACCUCCAGCCCAGAGAACUCAGCUGUGAUGAGUUUAUCUAGCGGAAGUACUCAGCAUAUGCUGAUGUGACAGGAUAAGAAUGACAACAGGAUGAGUUGCCUUCUCUAAUUUACAGAACUGAUCUAGUUCAGAGAAGCUUGUGUGAUUAAUUAACAGAUGAUAUGUCUACAGCUGGAAAGUAACACCUAUACUUGUCUCAGAUGUACUUGUAACGAGAGC